CGGGUUUCCAAUAUGAAAAUCAACAUUCAAGAUUUCUGUCUAUUGGUUUUUCCUUUGGCGUUGCCGUUCAAUCUCCAUAUCCUUCAGAGCUACAGAUUUUGAUCCUUUCGAACCGGAAAUGCACGGACGGCCGCGCAAGCCUCAGAAACCGGAGGAAGCAGAAGCUUCGGCGGUGGAAGCCGCAAAGCUUCAAAAUCUGCAAUCUCAAUUGCUCGCAAAUCAUCACCAAAAGAACUAUGCGAAGGAAGCUCUAGAAGUCAGUGCUAAUUUGCUGGAAAUGAAUCCGGAUCUGUAUACAGCGUGGAACUAUAGGAAACUUGCGGUUGAACACUACUUGAAGGAAUCUUCAUCAGACAUAGUGUCGAUCGAAGCGAUUCUCAAUGAGGAACUUAGAGUAGCUGAAAGUGCUCUGCGUCAGAACGUCAAGUCGUAUGGCGCGUGGUAUCAUCGAAAAUAUAUUUUGAGCAAGGGACAUUCGUCCACCGAUCAUGAGUUGCGACUGCUUGGAAAGUUUCAGAAACUCGACGCUAGGAAUUUUCAUGCAUGGAACUACCGAAGAUUUGUGGCAGGGCUAAUGAACAUACCCGAGGACAAAGAAUUGAAAUACACAACAGAUAUGAUAGACACAAACUUCAGCAAUUACUCAGCAUGGCAUAAUCGCAGUGCGCUUCUUGCCAAGUUGCUGAACCAAAAGGCCGAAGGUUAUUUCCCAAUGGAAAAGGUGUUAAAUGAGGAGUAUGAGCUCGUUCACCAAGCUAUUUUCACUGAUCCGGAUGAUCAAAGUGGUUGGUUUUAUCAUCUUUGGCUUCUGGACCAAACGGUGAAAGCAAAUCCUCCGUAUCUUGUUUCUUCUUGGCCACCUCAUAGUUUUAAUGUAGCAUUAUCAAGAACCAGAUGUUUAGAUAAUCACACUCCCUCUCCAUUCUGUAGUUUCUAUUCGGAUUCAGGAACAAUACCCCUCAUUCUUUACUUUGAUCAACCUGUUCAAGGCGUUGACUCAUCUUCAGUGAUUGUCAAAUCGACAGCUAAUUUAAGAGAUCUUAUUUGGAAGCCACUCUCAAAAUGUAACCGUGAUACUUCCAAAGCCUGGAUUAGUCAUCUGACUUUUCCUCAAGAAGAGCUCAAUUCAGAAUUUUACUCGGUGGAAGUCAGCAUUGGACAUUCUCAGAAAAUAGCAUCUGCAACUGGUUUUCAUCAUGUGAAACCAACUCAAAUUUCUUUUAAAGUGGCUGUGAAUUUUAAAGAAACACCCUCGGAAGAUUUUGGAAACGAACGGAUCAGGUGGAAGGAUGAAAACUUUACUAGUUGUGGAAUUAGUCCUCACAAUUUUCCAUUUGGUUCUGACAAUUCAACCAGUGAGGGUGAUUAUGCACCUUCUACUUCUGAAUGGUGUGUGGAGACUAUAAAUAACGAAAUAGCUCUUUUUCGCGAAUUAUUAUCAGAGACUGAUUGUAAAAUUGGAAAACUUACUCUGGCUAGAUUGUUGAUGGCUCAUGCUGCAACAUCUCCGCAUGCCAAUGAAAUGAUCCAACUUGAGGAAGUCCUUGACCUUUACCAAGACCUGAUGAAGUUCGACCCAUCACAUUUUCAUUUCUACAAGGAUGAACAUAGCUUAGUUUUAUUACAGAAGGUUACAUCAACUAGGGAGUCUUUGUUAAGACACUGCUAUUCCUACAAAGAGCAGACGUCACCGUAUAUCGAUAGUACUGCCUGUCUUAGGCUCAAUAAUUUAUCAAUUUCACGGAUUGGAUGUGUAGAAAAAAUUUUGUGGGUGCAAUUGCUUGACCUCAGCCACAAUGAACUUGGAUCGAUUGAUGGCCUGGAGAGCAUGCAACUUCUCUCUUGCUUGAGUUUGAGUAAUAAUAAAAUCGGAAGUUUUACUGCGCUGGAGCCUCUGAGACUGUUGAAGUCUUUAAAAGUUUUGGAUAUAUCGUACAAUGAGAUAGGUUCACAUUCAAUCGACACAACCAGAUAUCUCUUCUCAUCUCCACUGUCGCAUUCUGAAGAAAUUGAUUUGAGCAGUGAUGAAAUGGCAACGAAUUGUACUGAUCUGGCAAGUUACUGGGAAGCAUAUUUUCUAUUCAAAGAUAUAAGCUUGAUGCAAUUGGAUAUAGAAGGAAACACAAUAUCUAGUGAAAGUUUCAAAGCAUUUCUGGUGAAGAUUCUUCCCAAACUCCACUGGCUUGAUGGGAAACAAGUACAAUAGAUAAAGCUUAAUUUAUCUACAUCCAAUCCUCUGUCAACUUUGGUAGCUCAUCCCCUGAAUGUAAAAAGGUACGCUACGAACUAGCAUUGACCCUAAAUUGACGAAGACAUUGGUUUUGAUUUCUUCCCAAUGCAAGGUUAAGAAUUGAAGAUGGAUGGUUACAACAUGGAAAUGAGUAUGGUGCCCAGUUUUUUGGACUGCUUCAAAUUAAAUUUCAUUAUAUACAUUAUGAUACUGUGUGCCAAAUGUAUUUAGAAAAGUACUGAUAUUUACAUUUAUGUUGUACCAAAUUUUGAAUGAUUGUAGUUUUAAUAAUUCUUAUAAUAAGUUGAGAUUUGUGUAGCAAGCUGACAUCUCGGAGGGAGAGUUGAGAAGCUAGGGAAGGAAUGAACCCCGAAGUAUGUGCUGUUCCGACUAUUAUAAGAGGUUUGAGCCAUAUUCAUUUAGACAACUUGUUUUUCUUAGUCGUUUCAUCUAAACCUAUAUAACUAUAUAUCUCUGUUUAGUUUUCUGUUUU